GCCAACUUUUUUAAUUGUAUCACUCCAUGUAUAUAAAUGUAUUCUAAUUGAAUACUAUGGACACCCAGUUUCAGUUUGGUAUGUAUAAUCAUAUCCAUAUAAGUAAAUGUAUGGUUAUGACACAGAGAAUGCCAGUUUGCCAGCCAAUGCCACCAUAAAUGUGAAUGGAACAACAGUAACCCUCAGUGAAUCAAAACCAUACGAUGAACCACCAUCAUGGAGAACGAGAGUUACAUUAACAACCUGUCACACAGACUCCAGUAAACUUGAUGGUAUACAUAGAAACAUUGUUUCAUUAUUUGAGGGUAGAAAUCUCCAUUCAAAUUUAGUUCAAUUAUGGAAAGAAUUGAAAAAACAAUACAAUGCAGUUCUACAGAAACUUUUGACCCAGGUGGGGUCACAUCAGAUUAUUUUAGACAUGUACAUGUUUUCGAAAAGAGGGCAUGAGAGCUACAAGAGAGAAGUAUCAGAUGGACGAUUUUCUAGAAUUUUAGUGUUACUAUUCGAAGAAAUGAGUGAAGGCAAUAUUGAUAGUACAGACACAUCUUUUAAUGUGAGAACUGAGAGAGAUGAAAAAUUUACAGACCCAACACCACCAGCAUCUCCAACUUCUACCACAAUAUCCAUUGGUGAACAGAGUGUAGAUUCAUUUAGUUCAUUUUCAGAAUCUAUGGCUUUUGGAGGUUUUCCAGAUGACCCAUAUGGAACUAUGCAAGAAUUUCUAGAAAGCACCCCAACUGAAUCUCCUUCAGUAUCUCCAAUAAAAGACAUACAGAGGCAUGACAUGAGACGAACAGUCAUGUUGGUUGAAACUGGAGCACAGACCAAUGCUGGUGUAUCAGAAAUGCUUGGUCCUGUGCCAUUGUCUUCAAGACAGAUGCAGCAAAUGAAAAAUCAGCUGGAAGCAUCCAUGACAAGAAGGCUUACUGAUGUGAAAAAUACUCAAGCGAAAGACAAGAUGGAUAUUGUGCGAAGAAUUGACAAAUUAGAAAAAAAUAUAAAGCAGAGCAAUGAAACAUCUGAGCUGAUGCUGGCUUCACAAAAAACAGCUGUAGACGAAGGACUUGAUCGAACUCGCAGAACUUUACAGGGUCUUUCUGAAAAAGUUGAUGACAUGGAAAGAAUGUUUGAAGAGAAAUUACAAUUAAUGACUGAAACAAAGUCAGGUCAAAGAGAUACGGAAAAAAUUCAAGAUUUAACUCAAGAGGUUAAGGACUUCAGGAAAAAUUUUGAUAUGUAUCAGCAGGAAACAACAAAAAGGUUAGACCUUGUUGUAAAUACAAUUACUGAAGUGAAAACUGCAGUAGAAAAAUCAUCGUUAGAUAUCAAAGAAGCAUUAACACGUUUUACCAAUUUGAAACCACUGCCAAUUUCUCCUCCUUCUAGUCCUAGAUCUGAUAUUCAUGUUCACUUGCAAUCUAGUCGGCGUCCUGAACCUCAUGAUCCCUCAUCUACAUUACCCAAAACAUUAAGUCAUGCAGAUUCUCAUCUCAGUUCAACUAGACUAUCAGAAAGUACUCAGAGAGUAGACCAACCACAAGAUUCUGAUGAUUUUUCAAGUAUGGGUAGACAAGGUAUCCGAUUAGGUGCUGAAAUGUUAUUUCAAAGAGAUGAUAAUGUCAAUAAUGUGCAUUCGACGUCAACACAAGAUUAUAUCAAACUGUCAGAACAGCGUCAGAGAUCGGAAAUGCAAAGUGAUAUAGGUAGAACUUCUACUUCAUUAUUACCAAAAACUCCACCAGAGCUUGAAGAGGCAUUGAAAUUUGCUGAAGAAGAAGGGAUUUUGCCAAAAAUUGGGUUAGAAGAAGAAAAUCUUCAAAUAGAGGAAAGAGAAAGUGCUCAUUUGCCAACAGUUGAAGGUGCUACUGCUUUUACUGAUGAACAUAUGUAUGACAAUGGGCAAACUGAACCACUGUCACCACUCAGUACACAUGGUACAGAACCUUCAUUGAAUGGAGACCCACAGCCAAUCCAGGAUGAACAAACUAUUAUGACAGAAGUUCAAAGAACUACCCAUGCAGAUGAAGGAGUUAUAUUAGAAGCAAAUGAACUGAGGAGAUUUGCUGACCUUCCAAUGACUGAAACUAUUCUUAAAAUUUUGGUUAAGGCAUUACAAGAUGCAAAGAGUAAUGUCCCUGAUACAUCUGAUGGUGGUAUAGAUACAAUACUCUGUUUAGAUAUAUCUCAAAGUACAGAAGGCAAAGCAUUUGACCAGUUAAUAUCUGUGCUAAUAGAUUUCCUGAAUGAUGCAGAGGAGUUAUCACUCAACAGAGAAUUGUAUGAGAACAUAGGAAUUGUAGUAUUUGGUUCUCAGACUGAAAUACUUUCACCUUUAACAAUGGAUUACAGUGAUCUAGUGACUAAGAUUUGUAAAUUGAAACCUAGAGGAACAUCAGCAUUACAUACAGCUUUAGCUUUAUGCAGUAUUGCACUCAAAGAGAAAGGAGGGCCUAUGUCUAUGGGAGGAUAUAUUGUACCAUCAAGAAUUGUGGUUUUUUCUGAUGGAAGACCUACAGAUGAUUCACAAAUGAAUGACAUAUUAUCAGAGUAUGCACCAAAGCCACCUGAGAUAGGAGAGAGAGUGAAAGUUAUGGUUGAGCAGUUACAUCACCAAGGAUAUACACUGUUUACUGUUCCUGUUGGAAGUCAUGUGAAUAGGAUGUUUCUGCAAGAUAUGGCAAAAAUGGGAGGCGGAAAGUUGAUAGACAUGGAGGAUGUUAGAUUUAUAAAGAAAUACUUUCAUUACCAGGUUGUUACUGGUAAUGUGAUUCAAAAAUGCCAUGAAACAGGAAACACUAAAAUGUAUGCAGAAUAUAUACAAAGAGAAGUAAAUCAACAUGAAUCUGGUCUAGACUCAGACGAUAUUAGUCAUAUAACAGAAAUCAUUCACACUUCCAAAGAACUUGAUGAUGAGGAACAUGACAAUUUACCCUCUCUUGGUAGCAGAGUACAGAUAUUAUCAGGAGAAGCCACAUCUGAACCUUUACAAUAUGGAACAACUGUACAGAACCUCCCUGAUGGUUGGAUAAAGGUUCAAUUAGACAAUGGAUUAAUUAACUUUUAUCACUAUGUGAAUGGUGACAAAGAGGAUGUGAAACUAGUCAGUGUACCACGUCAGUUAAAGGAGGAUCAGCUGAUUGAAGUUGGAGUAUUUGUUUGUGAAAUAGGAAAACCUCAGAGAAAAGGAAUAGUGUUUAGAGUAACAAACUCUGGAUUUGUUGAUGUUAGAUGGGAAGAUGGUACAAAAUCAAGACACAAAUAUGGAGCAGAUGGAGAGUUCCAGCUUGAGAUACACAAUGAAGUCAGUAAUACUAAAGUCUUAUGGAAAUGGCAGGCGCUGAGUAUGCAGCAAUGGAUUAGUUUUGAUGAUGUAAACCAAACAAAAAUAGAGCAAGCAUACAAAAAGAAAUCUAAAACAUGUGUGAUAGAUAUGGACAAUAAUAGAGCAAGAAUUGUAUUUGAUAAAGGACACAUGAAAUUCAUGGGAGAAGAUAAUAUUAUUUUACCUGUUAGAAGAUUUGAUGACAGCUGACAAAUGGAAACGUUAGAACAAUAUUUUAAAUUUGAUAACAGCUCUUAGUAUACAGCUGAAAUGAUACCAUGAUGUAUACAAAGUUGUUUAAGUACAUGUUUUUAUCCUGUCCAUUUUCUUUAGAUUAUGAAAAUAUUUUUGUAGGAUUUUUAAAUUUGUUAACUGAAAUGUAGAUCACAUAAUUUACAUGAAUGAAUGUCAAAAAAGAAGUUUUUCAAUUUGUAAAAUGUGUGCUUGCACAAUUUGUUGUGAUUAAGAUUUUAAUAGGUAAUUUGAUCUGUAGCAUACUAGAAAACGUUUAGAAAUUUUUACCUUUUUUAAAGGAGUAGGCCCGGUAAGACCCCUUUUUGGCCCCAAAAUAUAGCAUUUUUACAAAUUUGUCAAACGUUAAACUUUUAUCUAAUUAUUGGAAAGAAGAAUACUUUUGUUACAUAAAUAUGGGCUGUUUUUUUAUAAUACAAUGUACAUGCAUUAGGUACUAGCAUCAUUAAUUCAUGCAAAAUUACUGAAAUCUUCACAAUUUUAGCAUUUGUGCUAAUUUCUAGACGGUUUUUGUCUAAAAUGGAAGUGGCCGCACUUGUGUUCAGUCUUCAUAUUUAAAUAUAUGUUGCAUCGGAUGAUAAUACAUAACAUAUAUAAAGGUUGAGACUGAACAUGAAUGCAGCCACUUACAUUUUAGACAAAAACCAUCUGAAAAGUGACAUUUUAUGGCAUAUUUGAUAGAUUUUUUUCAUAAUAAGCUUGAAUUUGAGCAUCUUUAAUGACCAAAUGAGUUCAAAUCUUGUACAUAAACUAAUUGAAUCGAAUGAAAUGGACACUUUAGUGUUUGAAAAAUGUCAAAAAUCUUUCAUCAGAUGUACUUCAAAUUUUAGGCCAAAAUUAGCCCUUACCGGACCUUCUCCUUUGAUGAUUGUUAUUUCAGAUCUACAAUGCAGAAAUUUUUUAUUAGUCCCCUUUGCAUAUUGACAUUCAAGUUUUUAACAGUUGUUUGACAUUAAUGAAAGUGUAUUAUAAAUAUAGUAACCUCUUAUGCAGUGAAAAAAAGGCAAACUGCAUGUAAGCAAAAUAACACAAUGAAAAUUAACACUUUUUUAUUUGGUGCACUUUUGUACACUUAGGAAGUAACUAAUCAUUUCAAUUCAUUUGUUGUUGUCUGGUGAAAUUAUUUCGUUCACUAUAUUAAUACAACUUGAUGACCUUGAUCAAAAUUAAUUAAUAUCUAAAAAUGUUAAAUCCUGAUGACCUGGGGAAAAUGACCUUCUCAGUUUUUAUAUAUUUUUUUAUUUAAAUGACAUAUAUAAGUGUUUCUCGUUUUUCGUUUUUUAUAUAGAUUAGACCGUUGGUUUUCCUGUUUGAAUGGUUUUACACUAGUCAUUUUUGGGGCCCUUUAUAGCUUGCUGUUCAGUGUGAGCCAAGGCUCUGUGUUGAAGGCCAUACUUUGACCUAUAAUGGUUUACUUUUACAAAUUGUGACUUGGAUGGAGAGUUGUCUCAUUGGCACUCAUACCACAUCUUCUUAUAUCUAUAUAUGCAUUUUCACAUCCAUUUCUCAUCAACUUCCUGUUACUUAUAGCCGGGUAUCAUUUGUGAUCUGUGGCUUACAGUUCAACUUGUUAACCUUGCAAUUUGGUCAUGAAAAAAAAUGCAUUCAGAUAAAUGAGAAAGUUUUCUGUCGUUUAUCAAAAUAUAUGUUCCAGAGAGUGCCAUGUUUGCUGCAACCCAUAGUAGAACUUUGGGGGAUUUGUAGGUGACCUCUUGAAAUGUGAAAUUUCUGAACCUUUCAAAAUACCCUCUAUUUACAGAAAUGAUCCUUCCCUAAUGUUUAGUGAAAACUUUAAUAUAUUUACUCCUGAACAUUAUGCAGAGAUUAAUCAAUCAAUAUAAAUGAAUGUUAUUGCUUACCAUAUUUUGAAUUUGUUAGAUUUAUAUGAUGAUUGUUUGCUAUGUAUAUUAAGUAUGGUCAAUAGUCAAGAGAUUAAUAAAAAAGUAAACAUUGAAAGAAAUGUAUACACAUUCAAGAUAAAAAAAAAUCAAGCAUUAUCAGUAAUUGCUCAAAAGAAGGAUAUUAGAAAUGAUUCAUAUUGAUAUAUCAUCAUCAUCAGAAUACUAUAUCACAUGCAUGAAUAGUGCACUUAAUUUAUAAUACAUAUUUAUACUAUUUAAGUCCAGGGUGUUGUGAUUAUGAGUGUGUUAGCCUCAAAUUAGCAAUGAAGCGGGAUUGAUCAUCAGCUAGACUAAUCCAAACACUUUUGGGGUAUUUGCUGCUCACUCUCCCCCAAGCAUGAAAACAGACUGGUUGUCUCAAAGUCAUGAUAACGUGUCUUAAGAGGGGGACAUGUCUUCCUUUGAAAUGAUACUCUGGGAGCUGGGCUGUUAAAACUAUGCUAAUGUCAGAUUAGUUAUCAAAAAAGUGCUUAUGGGCACUGAAGGGGUGUAAGGAUAACAAUGUAUUCAGCAAAGAUCUGUAAUUUAGCAAUAUUUUUAAUUGAGUUCUCCCCCUUUCUCCAUAAUUAUAGAUUCAAUCACUAUUUAGUGUAAUUAGUUUACUUUUGAUAAAUGGUUUUCCAGACAAGUAUAUGAGUAUAUUUAUAUGCACUAAGAAAUUUAUACAGAAGAUAGCUGAAAUAUAGCUUACCAGUAGGAGACUAAAUAGAAUUAUGAUUGCUUUUUAUUCAAUUUUUAACCAGGAAAGUCAAUUUAAUCUUCAUUUUGUAAUAUAUUUUAUCAUCCAGAAUUAGCAUGUGAUAUUUGCCACUGAGCAUAAAGAAGCCAUCAAAGAGUCAAUCAUUAAUUAUUACUAUGUGUUUUCUCAUUUAGGCAAAAAACAGUGGUAGUUUUGGUGGGCUUUUUUUUUUUUGGAGGGGGGGGGGGCACUUUAUGUAUGUAAUGAGUAGUAGGAAUGAGCCACUGAAAUAGGUCACUAUUUCAAGCUUGGUAAUAUAUUAUAAGGCCCUGAAAUUAAGAUGAAAUAUAUAUAAGGUUGCUUAUCAAAUCAUCAGUAUCUGAAACUAAACAAUUUUGGUAUUUUUCACAGAUGUGAUUUAAACCAGUGUCGUAUUAUUAUUUUUAAUACAUCAGAUAUUUGUCAAAUCUAUUUAUGUAUCCAUGAAAGCAUAAUAUUGAUAGCUAUUGGUGUUUUUUUUUUGUUCAAAAAUAUGUAGAUUGUGAUUCAAAAUAUAUGAAAAGGGUAUAGUACUGGAUUUCUAAGGCCCUCAACUGCUUAUCCCUUCCAAAAAGGGAUGGAAGUUCCCACUUUAAUUAUAUAGAAAGUAAAACAAUCUUUUAUGUGAUUUAAUGUCCUACAUAUAUAUGUUACAUAAGAAACAUUGAACUAUACUGUAAAUUCAGAAAUUAUUGCGAGGUUUUUAUUAAUGCGAAUAAUGCGAGUGGAUGAAGAUCACAAUAAUAUGAACUCGCAUUUUGAUAUCUGAUACUUAUAUCUGUAUGCAGAUUUUCCUGAAAUCGCAAUAAUUAACCACCCAUUUUAGUCAAUUCUUCAAAAAUCGCAAUAAUAAAUGCACACAAUAAUUUCUGAAUUUACAGUAGUUAUAAUAAAAGUAAUUAUUUUUUAUACAUAUAUAUAUAUUGUUAAUCAAGAUACAAGAUGGGCAUUUAACAAUCAUAUUACUGCCAAAAAACAUAAUUUGAUCAUGUUUUUUUUUAUUGGAUCCAUUGUAUGCCUGCAUCCUCAUUAUUAUUUAUUUCAAUCACCAACAUAGGUGUGAAAGUAAGAAGAAAAUGAUAUAGAUACAAGUUUUUUUAAUAAUGUAUGCAGAGAUGUCAUGUAUGAGUUACCAUUGUAAGAUUCAGUAUAUAGUCUCAAAAAAUCUAGAGUUAAAUUUGAUUCAAGAUCACUCUUUAACACAGAUAAUUUUCAGCAAAGUACUGGGAAUUUGAUAGGUUUUAAUUAUUUUGUUAAUACCCACAUUAUUAAUGUUUUUAAGCUACUCUUUAGCAAUUUUCACAUUGUCUAAUGUUUAGCUGAUUACCAUGCCUCUAUUGCUUGUAAAGUUAAUGUAAUACAGUAUCAAAAAUAAAAGAGUUUUGCUUAUCA